CCACCUCAACCGCACGCCAAGAUAACCCGACCCCAUCCGAGGCCUAGUUGUAUUCCCAAGGGUUCCUGCUCUCGUCCUGUCCUCACCCAUAUUCUGAUAUCUUUGAAAACCAAACCUCAGCAGGUGAUUCCCGUCGACGACAAGUGGACAAGCUCCCCAUCAUACGCCAGCCUCACAGCAGCAUGGUUUCGAAUACCACUGGCGUCCGGACCUCCAACCGAGGCGUCGGAAGACAAGGAAACGCCAGAAAAAAGCAGACCGCUACUGAUGGAAAGACUCGCCAUGAGCAGGAACGGAUCAACCGAAAAAGAGAACAGAACCGGAUAUCGCAACAGUGUCUCCGUGAGCGGCAGCUUGCACACUCCAAGCAGCUGGAAACGCUAGCGAGCAUCAUGAAGAUCUCGACGGGUGAGGAUGCGGACCAUAGCAGCCUCAGAGCCGCCCUGAUGAGCAAUCAGCUGGCGUUGAUCGAAGAAAACAAAGAUUUGCGGGAGGCGCUGUUGAGGAUGAGGAAGAAAACACUCUCGCUGAGUGCGGCAUUGUCGGCCGUUGCAGAUGAUGCGAUAUUCGACAAGUUAUUCAGCAAAACCAGUCAAGAAAUCUCGUUGAAACGGAAAGCGAAGAAUAUCUCUAGUCUAAGUGCAAGCUUCGCGCCAGGAUCACCGCUGAAUCCGGCACUGAGUGUAGGGGAUGCUGGAAGUGAUUCCGGAGAUGAUAGGGACCAGAUCCCAGCUUACGAUGAAGAGAUGGCUAUGCAGCUCCAACGCCAGAAACAUCGAGACUUGGACGGAAUGUCCCUGUCAUUGGCUCCUGAAACCAAUUCUACGCCACAUGGCUCUCUGGGAUCCUCCAGCUCCCAUGCUUCUGGUCUACCAGCUCAAAAGGCGCUCCAUACAAGUGGACCUGCAUACAAUGUCAGGCUUGAGUCUGGGUACGUCGUAGAGGGCGACGAGGGGCCCGGUCCCGCAAAAGGCGAAUUCCACAAGGAGCUCUGCUUUAUCGAUCCCAUGCUGAAUCUGCUCGAUUGGGGUGCUGACAUGGACUUCUCAUCGGCCUACGAGUUCUUUCCCCAAAUCCCAGAUCAUGUCCCAGCCGAAAUUCCCAGACGCUGGUUGUCGUCCCAGUCAGAAAUGGUCGUCUGGAGGGUCGAAGAAGCCUGUCUUUGGUACCUAUUGGAGGAGCUCGGUCUGCAAGGUCACGGCGUCGCUCGCGGUCUCGAACAGCCGUCCUCGUGCUACGAGCCCCUGCGCGCAGCCAUCGCGACCCUAGACAACAGCAUCAGCUACCCCGUUGUGGCGAUCAUCGCCAAGGCCGGCAUCAGCCUGACCUCCAAAAUGAGCGGGCUAACCAACUACCUAUACGGUGUUGGUGCGAAUGAAAGCAUGGAGAAGGUACUUUUGUGGCGGCUCGCGGCGAACGCGAGUAAUCGGACUGCAAUCUCCGAGCCGUUCAAGCCGACGCCGCUGCAGUUUAUGCGCCCGGAUCACCCGCUCGCUAUCAGUUUUGUCAAUUGGCCCUCGAUAAGGGAUCAACUAAUAUAUAAGCAGGGAACAUACGAGCUGUCUGGUGUCUGUCAUGAUAUCGUUCUGCAUACGGUUAUUGAGUUUCCAGAGUUCCAUGCGGCCAUCAACAUCCAUGAUGCGUUCAUUACUCGGGUGUUUUCUCAAGUGGCGUCAUCACUUGAAACUGGUUCUUCCAAUUCAGAGUCUAGCAAUUUCAGCGCAGAAUUUGAGGGCUUCAUGUGUAGCGGAAGCGCGCCAGGCACCGAGGAAAUUUUCCAGUGCCUCAAACACACGAUGCAGCAGCUGCCAGACCCCACGCUUCCUGGGUACCAGCCAUCGUCUACUACGGUAAGGGGCUCACCGCCCUUUAACAGGCUUAUCGCAGAUAAGCAACCAUUGUCAUCGAGAUGGGGGCUCGACAAUCUGGACCGCUGGAAACUGAGUAAGGAGUUUGAGAUGGCGUACCCUUGGCUUGAUUGCACUGGUGUUACGGCGUUGUAUCCGAUGUACUCUUCGAGGAUACUCCCUGAAAUGUGAAGUUGCUUGGUAAAUACCGACAAACCGAUUUAGAUAGAUUUAGUCAUGUAGGAGUGGAGGAUUAUAUGUUUCUGAGCAGUUAUAUGCAUGCUAGCGUAGUUCUAGAGGUAAGUGAAAGCAGAUUUAAACGCUUGUAAAGGACCACAGCCAUGAAUAGACCUACUAUCAAACACAUACAUGCAACUCUUCAGCGGGAAGUAGGACAAAUGAAUAUGUCGAUACUUCGAUAAUCAGUGAGAGUCUACAAUCGUGGUCAUGCGCCUGUGUUUUUCGGUGAC